GAGCAAGAGAACUUGGCAGGCUCUCCCCAUGGCGGUCCUAUUCCUCCUCCUGUUCCUAUGUGGAACUCCCCAGGCUGCUGCAGACAACAUCCAGGCCAUCUAUGUGGCCUCGGGGGAGGCAAUGGAGCUGCCAUGUCCCUCACCACCCACUGUACAUGGGGAUGGACACCUGUCUUGGUUCCGCAGCGCUGGAGCAGGCUCCUUCACCACCCUGGUAGCCCAAGUCCAACUGGGCAGGCCAGCCCCAGACCCUGGAAAACCAGGAAGGGAAUCCAGGCUCAGACUGCUGGGGAACUAUUCUUUGUGGCUGGAGAGCUCCAAGGAGGAAGAUGCCGGGCGGUACUGGUGUGCUGUGCUGGGUCAGCACCACAACUAUCAGAACUGGAGGGUGUACGACGUCUUGGUGCUCAAAGGAUCCCAGUUAUCUGCAAAGGCUGCAGACGGAUCCCCCUGCAAUGUCCUUGUGUGCUCUGUGGUCCCCACCAGACGCAUGGACUCUGUGACCUGGAUGGAAGGGAAGGGUCCCGUGAGGGGCCGUGUUCAGUCCUUCUGGGGCAAUGAGGCGGCCCUGCUCUUGGUGUGUCCUGGGGAGGGGCUUCCUGAGUCCAGGAGCCGAAGAUCAAGAAUCAUCCGCUGCCUCGUGACUCACAACAAAGGGGUCAACUUUAGCCUGGGAGGUCUGGCCCUUACUACAGCCUCCAUGGAUGCCUCUCCUGCCCUCUGUACCCCUUCCACGGGCUGGGACAUGCCUUGGAUUCUGAUGCUACUGCUCACAAUGGGCCAGGGAGUUAUCAUCUUGGCCCUCAGCAUCGUGCUCUGGAGGCAGAGGGUCCACAGGGCUCCAAGCAGAGAUGCCUCGAUUCCUCAGUUCAAACCUGAAAUCCAGGUCUAUGAGAACAUCCAUUUGGCCCGUCUUGGCCCACCUGCCCACAAGACCAGGUGAUCUUGGUGACAUCUGCUGGGAAGUGUGACCUGCUGUCUCACUGGCCAUCUAGCACCUGCAGGAUUCCCUGACAACCUCGGCAAGCGGGGGCAGGACUUAGAGUUCGACUUCACAGUCCAGCUGGCCUCCAGCAGCCACCAAGCUGUAUAUGGGGAAGGGUGGGGACUGAAGGAAAGGAGGAACAUUAUUCUGUGA